AUGACAAAGGCGGCCACUCCUUGGAGAGAGGUUGGUUAUAAAUUGCCACCAGCUUUCCGAGUCGCAAUUGGCCCUAUCUUCAUCUCACCUCAUCGCAUCUCGUUACUCCCGCCCAGACAAAGCCCCUGA